AUGAUUUUGCUUCUCUUUUACCCCUUUUACCUGUAUUUGCCUCCAUGCUUUCUAUAUUUUCCCAGGAUAUUUAGUCUGCGUUUUUUAGAUCCCGAAACAGUUUUUCUCGGUGAAAAAAAAAAUUCUCACGUCAAAUUCAUUAUUAUUAUUAAUAAACUUACAAACUUAUUUACAGAUAUUUUCUAA